AUGGGCAUCCCUCCGCUUUCGCAGUGGUUCGAUGCGAUCGACACCGAUCGAAACGGCCACUUGACGAGCGAGGAGCUGCAGCAGGCGCUGGCGCUGGGCAACUUGCACUUCAGCCUUGCUGCUGUUGCUCAUAUGAUAAGAACUCAUGACAUGACUGGUUCAGGAACAAUAACCUUCCCGGAGUUUCAGAGGUUACAUCAGUUCCUAUCCAACAUGCAGAGCAGCUUCAUUUUCUUCGAUGUAGACAGAAAUGGACAGUUGACGUUUGAUGAGGUUGCUCGUGCUCUGAAACACUCAGGAUUCAACAUCGAACGGCAUGCGUUUGACACCAUGGUUAAAGCCUUUGACCCGAACAGGACUGCCUCAUUGGACCUGGCUGCGUACAUCGCACUCAGUCUGUUUCUGAAGAGCGCCGCAGCGACCUUUGCUGCGUUUGAUCCCAACAAGACUGGCCGCAUCACACUGGACUUCAACCAGUUCCUGUACGCAGCAGCUAAUGUGAUCUGA